AUGUAUAAGAUGGAUUACUCCUACCUGAACUCCUAUGACUCCUGCAUGGCGGCCAUGGAAGCGUCGGCUUACGCAGACUUCAGCUCUUGCAGCCAGGCCAGCUCCUUCCAGUACAACCCGAUCCGGAGCGGACCCUUCUCCAACCCGGGCUGCACUCCGCUCAGCACGGCCAGCUGCACCCUGGGAGCCCUGAGAGAGCACCAGCCCACACCUUACUCCUCAGUCCCUUACAAGUUUUUCUCGGACCCCUCCGGCCUGAACGAGAAGAGGAAGCAGCGGCGCAUCAGGACCACCUUCACCAGCUCCCAGCUGAAGGAGCUGGAGCGGGUCUUUGCCGAGACGCACUAUCCGGACAUCUACACCCGAGAGGAGCUGGCGCUGAAGAUAGACCUGACCGAGGCGCGGGUACAGGUGUGGUUUCAGAACAGGCGUGCUAAGUUUCGUAAGCAGGAGCGUGCAGCCAACUCCAAGGCCAACAACCCCAGUGGCACCCCGGGCAGCAGCUCCAGCAGCAGCUCUGGAGGGAAGAAGGGCGGAGAGCUGAGAACUUCAUCUGAUGAUGACGAGUCCAAAGAAUCCACCUGCAGCCCCACACCUGACAGCACGGCCUCCCUGCCGGGCUCGGGCAAUGGGAACUUGGGCAGCCCUUCUAGCCUGAGCCCCAGCCCGGCUCCUGUCAACAGCGGCUACAUUAACACCUCUAGCUCUCCGGUCCUGCAGGGGCUGAAGCCGCCCAGCUGGUCCAGCCUGGGACCGUCCAACCCGGCCGUGGCCCAGCCUGCUGCCCAGACUCAGGAGAUUCUGAAGGCCUGGCAGCCGGCAGACAGUAUGACCGGGCCCUUUGCCGGAGUCCUGUCCUCCUUCCACAGAAAACCCAACCCCAACAUCAAGACAAACCUGUUCUGA